CCGCUUCCGAUCGUCUCUCAUCGCCCUUUCACCUUCUUUGUUCGCCUCUCACUGUGACAUCUUUCGACGCCUCGCGAUUUCCUUUCCAUUCGGUCACCUCGAUCCCUCAAUGGCCGCCGCGAAGAUCGAGAAGCUCCAGCCGGCAGUUGCUGCUCUUGAUCAGAUCAGUGAAAAUGAGAAAUCUGGAUUCGUAAGCCUCGUUUCUCGUUAUCUGAGUGGGGAAGCCGACCAGAUUGAAUGGAGCAAAAUUCAGACUCCGACUGAUAAGGUGGUUGUACCUUACGACAGCUUGGCGCCACCUCUGGAAGACCUUGAGGCAACGAAGAAGCUCCUCAACAAGCUUGCGGUGCUAAAGCUCAAUGGAGGACUGGGAACCACCAUGGGAUGCACGGGUCCCAAGUCUGUAAUUGAAGUUCGUAAUGGUUUUACAUUCCUCGAUCUGAUUGUUAUCCAAAUUGAGUCUCUAAAUAAGAAGUAUGGAUGCAAUGUUCCUCUUCUUUUGAUGAAUUCUUUCAACACUCAUGAUGAUACACUCAAGAUUGUGGAAAAAUAUGCCAACUCAAAUAUUGAGAUUCAUACAUUUAAUCAGAGCCAGUAUCCUCGCUUGGUUGUUGAAGAUUUUUUGCCACUGCCAAGCAAAGGCCAAACAGGCAAGGAUGGCUGGUAUCCUCCUGGUCAUGGUGAUGUUUUCCCAGCCUUGAAGAAUAGUGGCAAACUUGAUGCCUUAUUAUCACAGGGGAAGGAGUAUGUAUUUGUUGCGAAUUCAGACAACUUGGGUGCCAUUGUUGACAUAAAAAUCCUUAACCAUUUGGUCAACAACCAGAAUGAGUAUUGUAUGGAGGUGACACCCAAAACACUAGCUGAUGUUAAAGGUGGCACAUUGAUUUCAUACGAAGGAAGGGUUCAGCUUCUUGAGAUUGCACAAGUACCUGAUGCUCAUGUGAAUGAAUUUAAAUCAAUUGAAAAGUUCAAGAUCUUCAACACUAACAAUCUCUGGGUGAACUUGAAGGCCAUUAAGCGGCUUGUAGAAGCAGAUGCACUUAAAAUGGAAAUUAUUCCAAAUCCUAAGGAAGUGGAUGGUGUGAAGGUUCUUCAACUGGAAACUGCAGCUGGAGCAGCAAUUCGAUUCUUUAACAAUGCUAUUGGAAUUAACGUUCCACGAUCUCGGUUUCUUCCAGUGAAGGCAACAUCAGAUUUGCUUCUAGUACAGUCUGAUCUGUACAAAUUGGUUGAUGGCUUUGUUGUUCGCAAUACAGCACGAAAAAUUCCUGCAAACCCCUCAAUUGAACUUGGACCUGAAUUUAAGAAGGUUGCUGACUCCCUUUCCCGUUUCAAGUCUGUACCUAGCAUUGUUGACCUAGAUAGCCUUAAGGUUUCUGGCGAUGUUUGGUUUGGUGCAGGAAUAACACUAAAGGGCAACGUGGCUAUCGCUGCAAAGUCUGGGGUUAAGUUGCAGAUCCCUGAUGGCGCUGUCCUUGAGAACAAGGUAAUCAACGGCCCUGAGGAUCUGAGAGCAUAAACAUCCGUGAAAUUUUGGUUUGCCUAGUUUGCACGUCCAAAGAGGAUUUGGGCACUUUUAGAGCACUUCAUUUUCCUCUUCAUUCUCUACUAUUAUUGACCUGCGCAAGGACAGCUCAUGCAUCCACAAUUUUCUCUUUACUUAGAGAGGGCAUAAAAUUACAAUGUAUAAGAAGUGGAGCCUUGUGUGAGCUCCCGUCAAUUUGUCUGUCUUGUCUGUGUCUUUUUGUUGCCGUUUCACGGAAAAACUUAUUUUCCUUCAACUUCCCUUCAUAUUA